AUGACGAGAUUUGGGCAGCCUCCCCAUGGCCCGGCCGGAAGCCCUCGAAGGUGGCACAGACUUGGUCGAUGGUCACCGUUUCACGGCGCUAAUGUAUGCAUCCACAAAGGCCACGCCGGUGUCAUGGAGUUACUUUUGCCGGCUGGUGCUUAUGCAAGCGCAUCGAGCAGAGGAAAAGCCGAAGUGGUGCAGUUGCUGCUUGCUGCCCCCCUGCAAAUGGCAUCAGCUGACGGCAAUGCUGACAUUGUGCGCUCAUUGCUGGAGGCUCGUGCUGGCACGGACUUGGUCGAUGGUUGCGGUGACACAGCGUUGAUGCGCGCAUCCAUGGGGGGCCAUGCCAGCGUCGUGAACUUGCUCCUACAGGCUGGUGCAGACGCAAGCCUUGUGAACUGUCUCGGCUACACAUCUGUCAUGCUCGUGUCCAGCGGAGACCACUCUGAGGUGGUAGAGUUGCUCCUUGCGGACAACACCAACCCCAAUACUCCGAGCCAGGGCCAAGUUGCUGUGGAGGGCCUGCCCGAGGCCUCCGAGACAAACUUGUUGGACGAUUCUGGCAGCACAGUCGUUGAUCACUCAGAUUUCUACCGGAGGGCUGUCAAAUUCCUUCGGGACCAUUGCUGUGGCACUCGCGGUAGUGAAGGCAAGGAGCUGGACAGCCUGUUGCCGGCCAUCAUCGUUGUUGGGUUGCGGGUGCACGACAGGUGGUCCUUACGCUUAAUGGGCCCUUCUGUCGAAGCCAAGACAGCACGGAAUGACCUGGCAGUUGGAACAUUGCCCAGGCUUCCAGCGACAUGCCGUCACACGGACUAA